UACCGUGUCUGUGCGCGCAACGCGCAUGUUCUCGCAACGCGCGCCUUGGCUGCUCAACCUCACUAUUUGCAACCACAAUAGCUCAACGCCACAAUGCCGGUGAAGGAUGCCCUUGCAGAGGCAGGUGCAGCAGGUCAGGUUGAAGGACUUUCAUAUACAAAGUUAGCUAAAAAACAUGGUGUAGUGCGCUCAACGUUGACGCGUCAACUGAAGGGCAAAAGCGCGUCAAAAAAAGACCAGGCGCUCAAACAACGACUACUCCACCCACACGACGAGGCAGAGGUUCUACAGUACAUCAGAGAGCUCACUGAGAGACACCUAAUGCCUACAAGGCAGAUGAUUAUUAAUUUUGUGACUCCUCUCUGUGCCUGGGAGCCAUCACAGA